AUGGCAAGAUCAUCUAGAGGUGCAGGGAAGAAUGGUGGAAAUGCUGGAGGUAUGCGGAAAACUGGACCUAGUCUGGAUACGCCAAAUAGGAAAACGAAGUCAAUUGAUGUAAUAAUGGGGAUCACACCAUUGGAGAUUGAUAAUGAGACUGAGAUCAUUCAGGAAAAAAUAUUAUCACCUCGAACCUCUUUGAGAGAAUUACAGCAACACUCUGAAUUGAGAGUGAAUUUCUCAGAUUGGAUAGAGACGAUCAACAAGUCAAAAGAGACUAUGUCUGGAGAACAGAGGAGCAGGAUUCAAUUCGGAGGUAAUGAUCCUAUUCCAAUUCUCUUUGAUGAAACAGUGAACAAUGCGAAUGCUGAUAUGAUUAAGAUUGAACUAGAAGAUAUACAAUCUGAGAUCGAUUACUGGAAUUCAGCAUUAUAUUGUUAUGUAGUUGGUGCGAAUCCACCUGAUUAUGUAAUGGAAGGUUACAUAAGGAGAAUUUGGAGAGAUCAGGGAGUUGAUAAGGUAGCGAUGGUUAAACCUAGUAUAUUUGUAGUUCGAUUUCGAUCAGUGGAGAAGAGAGAUAAGAUUUUGAAUGGAAGUAUACCUUUCUUUGAUCAUAAACCAGUGAUAUUGAAAGCUUGGAAUCCUGAGGUUGAUAUCCAGAGAGAGGAGAUUAGAACGCUGCCAAUAUGGAUACAGCUGAAGUUGGAUUUCAAAUAUUGGGGAGAACAAUGCAUUUUUAAAAUUGCAAAAUCCAUUGGUAAACCAAUCAAGCUUGAUCAAGCUACAAUUAAGCGAGAGAAAUUGCAAUAUGCGAGAAUGCUGAUUGAGGUACAAUUGAAUCAGGUCUUUCCUGAGAAGAUUGUGUUUCUGAAUGAAAUGGACAACAUUAUGGAAGUAGAGGUGAAUUAUGAAUGGAAACCUGUUACAUGUGCUUCAUGUAAAGGAAUGGGACACACUCAAAAGGAAUGCAGGAAACCUGAGGUCAAGAAGAAGCAGAUAUGGCGUGCAAAAGGGCAAUUGCAAGGUGAUGAUAGGAAUGUUAAGGCUGGAAUGGUGAAGGAGAGGAAUCAAGUGGUAAAUCAGGAGACACAGGAGUUCACUACUGUUGUUAAAAAUACAAAAAAUCAAAAGGUUGUUAGCAGCCAGAUCUCAUUACAGAAUGGAUUUGAGGUCCUAGCAGAUGAAGAGGAUGCAAUGGAGGAAGGCAGGGUGAAUGAUCAGCAAGAAAGGCAGAAUAAAGAGGCGGAAGGUGGAAGUCCUUCCAACAAGGAUGGAUAG